UAUUCCGCUGAAACAAAAUUCCUUCUCUUGCCUCGCAAGUAAGGGGGUGAACUGAAAAGUGAAUUCCUCUUUCUCUCUCUCUUGCAAACCCAUUGAUAGUUACAGAACGGUCGAAAGAAAGAAGAGAGAAGGAACAUGGAUCCGAAGCUCACUGAGGUGUCUCAGUUGUUCGAGCGAUUCAAGGCUGCUUUUGUGAGAAACGAUCUCGAUACCUGCACAAAUCUUCUGUCCCAGCUCAAGGUCUUGUUGACAGGAUUUAAGAGCCUCCCACCGUUGUUUGAAGAUUCACCGAACGCCAUUCAUGAGUUGACAACAGCAAGAGAUAUAUAUGAACAUGCUGUCGUUCUUAGUGUGAGGACAGAAGACCAAGAUGCUUUUGAGAGGGACUUCUUUCAGCUUAAGCCUUACUAUACAGAUACUGGUGGCCGCCUUCCACCAUCGCCUCAGGAAUACCCAAUCUUGGGCCUUAACCUUCUUAGGCUCCUUGUGCAGAAUAGAAUAGGAGAAUUUCAUACAGAACUAGAACUGCUUUCGCCCGUUGCUCUGGAAAAUCCUUGUAUUAAACAUGCUGUGGAAUUGGAACAAUCCUUCAUGGAAGGUGCUUACAACCGUGUACUGAGUGCCAGGCAGACCGUUCCACAUGAGACUUAUGUUUAUUUUAUGGAUCUCCUUGCCAAGACAGUCAGAGAUGAAAUAGGUGGUUGUAGUGAGAAGGCGUAUGAUUAUCUCUCAAUUAGUGAUGCCAAGCAAAUGUUGAUGUUCUCAUCUGAGCAUGAGUUGCUUGAAUAUGUCAAAGAGGAGCACCCUGAAUGGGAGAUAAAGAAUGGGUUUGUGUUUUUCCAGAAGGCAAAAGAUUCUGCCCCUUGCAAGGAAAUACCAUCGCUGCAGCUUAUCAAUCAAACACUCAGUUAUGCCAGAGAACUGGAGCGGAUAGUAUGAUAGUUAUUGAGUUCAUGGUACAUACUAUGCUGCCUUCAGAGAACAACCUAUAGCAAUCUUUGAGCCCCUGCUGUCACGAGUGGAAUUUUUUCAUAUUUUUUAUCCUUUGCUUUUGUUUCAAUUGUAUUUGGAGUUUCUACCCAAAAAAACAAAAAAAAUUGUAUUUGGGGUUUCUUGACUACAAAGCUUCGGAUGAUCAAAAGAGGGAAAACUGUUGAAUCAGCAGUUGCGCAUUCUGAUUGGCUACUUCAACUUGCAUUCCUAAUCUUUCUAGCUCUAUUUUUUCUCUCAAUAUAACUGGUAUCCUCUCUUUUGAAA